UCGGGCUUUUUAAAUUUUUACGCAAGCGUAUGGUUGUUCAAGUUUUCAAAACACAUUUUUGGAACUCAAAUCAUCUAUCUUGAGAAGCUUGAAAGAAACAACAUCGUUUUCUGUGUAUUCAGCAUUACCCGGAGCUGUACAUCUUGGUUGAGUUUUGCCUUCAUUGAUAUGCUGUGAAGUUCAGGCAAUGCGUUGAGAGAGUUUGAAGAUUAUAGCAAGAAUGGGAAAUUCAUCGUGGUUCAUAACACUUGCUCUUGUGUUCCUCAGUGGACGUACAGUGGAAGGAGGACUUCCUUGCGAAAACUUUGGCGUAGGGAUAGGCGACAGAGCGGAAGUUAAGAAUAGUCAGAUGACCGCUUCCACAGUUUUAGGAAGCGACUACAGAGCCUUCAACGCCCGCUUAGAUUCUCCCAUAGACAGAGGAUGGUGUGCCUCGGCAAAUGGAGCACAGGGCAGCUAUCUUGAGAUCGACUUGGAAAGAGAUUACGCGUUCUGCGGGAUAAGAAUACAGGGUGCGGCACAUGGACACGUGAAUACUUUCCAGCUGAGAUUUGCUCGUGAUAAAGAAGGUUCUUUUAUUCCAUUUGGCACGACUUUUAGCAGGUUUACAGAGGAAGAGGAAAACGAAGAGUUUCAUCCUACAACACCGUUUCCAGUCGGAAGUGUUGUUCGGCUUUACCCUUUAACUUUUUCGGGCACUGUACCUUGCGUAAGACUUGAACUGUUCGGGUUUCCAGAGCCAACAGUCACAUGCUCGCCACAGUAUAUCAUUGCUGAAUUCAAAAGAAGCAAUUAUCCGGAUCUUGAAUCCUCAGAGAUGCAUCUAACAGAUACAAGUUGCUCGGCCGAGUCCGAAAACGACACUUACAUAACCUUCCACAUUCCUUUCCGAAAUUGCUCUACUGUCAGGGUACAGACACCUGACCACCUGGAGUACAGAAAUGAGGUUAUGCGUCGUAUAACGCAGGGGGUAAUUACGUACAAAAUGGAUAUGAAUUUUCCCAUCACCUGCAGGUAUGACCGGAAUGUUACAUUGAACGACUUGGAUAUUGAAGUCGAAGAAGAGGAAGAAGAAACUGGUACGUACAUAACACUUCCGUUUUUAUGAGUCAGCAAUAAAAUCCCUAAAAUUUGCUGCCGCUAAUAGAUGUGUCGGCGCUUUACUUUGGCUCAUUAUC